CGUUUUGUGCUCAGGAUGUACCUGCCGCGCGCACAAUGGAUGGUGACAUUAUUCGUUCACUUGUGUUUGCAGCUGUGGCCACCGACGGAGGCCAUCCACUCUGAAUGUGCCGUGGUGCUGGAGCACAAGAAGGCCCAAGAAGACUGCAGUGACAUCAUCAAAGAGGAGACCGCCAACCGUGGCAACAGCACAGGUUGUCCGACAGAUUGGGACGACUUUUGCUGUUGGUAUCAUGCUGAGGUUGGACAGGUGGUCAAUAUCUCAUGUGCCAACGUCUUCCAGCUGUUUGUAAAUAACCAAGUUUACAUCUACAGGAACUGCACAGAGGAUGGAUGGUCUGAGCUCUACCCCUCCUACGAGGACGCCUGCGAGAUUGUAGAUGCAGAACCAGAGAUGACAUACUUCUCCAAUUUCAAGCAGGUGUACACCGCGGGCUAUGCCACCUCCCUAAUCUCACUCAUACUGGCCAUUUUUGUUUUCACUGUGUUCAGAAAGUUUCAUUGCACCAGAAACUACAUCCACAUCAACCUGUUCAUCUCCUUCAUCCUGAGAGCGAGUGCUGUCUUCAUCAAAGACGGAAUUCUGUUUGCAGAUGAAGACCUGGACCACUGCUUCAUGUCCACGACUUCCUGUAAAUCAGCAGUGGCCUUUUUCCAGUUCUGCAUCCUGUCGAACUACUUCUGGCUGCUGGUAGAGGGCAUGUACCUGCAGACGCUGCUCGCCCUCACGUUCGUCUUCCAGAAGAAAUAUUUCUGGUGGUACAUUCUCAUUGGCUGGGGUGUUCCGACACUAAUCCUGAUGGUGUGGAUCCUCACGAGAAACUUCUACGACAACAGGGGCUGCUGGGAUGACACAGAUGUCACCUUCAUCUGGUGGAUCAUAAGGGGUCCAAUCACAGUGUCUCUACUGGUGAACUUCAUCAUCUUUAUCAAUGUGAUCCGGAUUCUGGUCCAGAAGCUGAGGUCUCCCGCUGUCGGUGGCAACGACACCAGUCAUUUCAAGAGACUGGCCAAGUCCACUCUGCUCCUGAUCCCGCUGUUUGGGAUGCACUACAUGGUGUUCGCCUUCCUGCCCGAAAACACCGGUGCGGAAGCACGGAUCUUCAUCGAGCUCGGUGUCGGAUCAUUCCAGGGAUUCACUGUGGCGUUGCUUUACUGUUUCCUGAACGGUGAGGUGCAGGCAGAACUGAAGAAGAAGUUCUGGAAGUGGCAGAUGCAGAGCUUCCUGAGCUACAGCAAACGGCGCCGUCCCUUGUUCACUGACAGCAUCACGGUCAGCACUCAGAUAUCAGUCCUGGACAAGUCCAGCCCCAAGGAGCCGUCGUGCAUAGAAACACACGCCCUCACACAAACGGCCACGCCCAGCACCAUGUCCACUGUCUGAGAAACUGCUCACGGCCUUCAACGUCAUUAUGAUGUAUGAAGCUAGUGAUGAAAUCACAGAGAC